CGGCCGGGAAGGUGCCCCUCUGGUGGUGACGGGUGUGGGGUGGCCUCUGGCAUCUCUGGCGGCUCCAAAUCGGCGGCAUGAGCUCGGGGGCCGCCCCGCGGCUGCGCUCGCUCCAGCGACACCUGGGGUCCCUGGAGGGCAGAGGUAUGGAGCCAGCCAGCCCGCUGACCACACAUGUGCUGGACACUGCCUCAGGGCUCCCAGCCCAGGGCCUCUGCCUCCGGCUGUCCAGGCUCGAGGACCACGGCCACCAGUGGACUGAACUGAGGACGAGCUACACCGACCCUGACGGCCGCUGCCCAGGGCUCCUGCUGCCAGGCCAGAUGAAGGUGGGCACCUACAAGCUGACCUUUGACACCGAGGGCUACUGGAAGAGAAGGGGACAGGCCAGCUUCUACCCAUACGUGGAGGUCGUCUUCACCGUUGCAGACGAGACCCCCAAGCUCCACGUCCCCCUGCUGCUGAGCCCGUGGUCCUACACCACCUACCGAGGGAGCUGAGCGCCGAUGCCGCCGCCCGGCCUGGGUCGCGCCGCCCUCCACAGUGGGCUCUCUGCUCCUGGGGGUGCUCACUCCCCACUUCCUGGGGCGGUUCUGCCCCCCCACGUUUCCAGUGUCAAUAAAGUCUGCAUGGCA